AUGGCAGAAUCACUCGACGCUUGGGUCAUUGUUGUUGGUGCAGGUCCCGCAGGACUCCUGCUCACCCAGCUACUCGCUCAAAAAGGAGUGCCGGUCGUCCUCGUCGAGAAAAGCGACAAGUUGGAUGAGCAGCCUCGAGCGACACACUAUGCCGCUCCUGCCAUGGCGGAGUUGUUGCGAGCCGGUGUCGUUGAAGAGAUGGGCCAAGCGGGCUUUCACCCGCACACCAUUUGUUGGCGACUACUUGACGGGACAAAACUGACCGGCCUGGAUCACUCACUGACCGAAGGUGACGAAGACCAAAUGGUAUGCCUUCCGCUGAACAAGCUGGGACAAAUUCUCUACAACAAGGUCAAGCAGCAACCAAAUGCGACGAUCUUGUUCAACCACGAGGUCAUCAAUUCCGCCCAGGAUGAGGACUCGGCCUCUAUCACUGUUUCAACGCCGACCGGCGAGCGAAACCUUCGAGCACGCUACAUUGUGGGUUGUGAUGGCGCAAACAGCAAGAUCCGACGUAUGCUGUUUGGAGACUGGGAGUUUCCAGGUAAGACCUGGGACGUUCAAGUCGUAGCAACCAAUGUGUAUUACGACUUCUACAAGUAUGGAUAUGAGGAUGCCAAUUUCAUCAUCGAUCCGGUACAUUGGUACAUGGCGUCACGAAUCUCGACGGACGGGAUGUGGCGCGUCAGCUAUGGAGAACAGGUUGGCCUUACGAAGGAUGAUCUGCUCGCCAAUCGGGACGAAAAGUUCAGAACCAUGCUUCCGGGGCACCCAGAGCCCGACCAGUACCGUAUCACGAAUUUCAGUCCUUACAAAGUCCACCAGAGGCUAGCUAAAUCGAUGAGAGUGGGCAGAUUUAUUCUGGCAGCAGAUGCUGCUCAUCUGUGCAACCCAUUUGGAGGCCUUGGUCUUACUGGCGGCAUCGUUGAUGUAGGAGGAUUGUUUGAUUGCUUGGUCGGAAUAUACGAAAACAAGGCACAAGACUCUAUCCUGGACAAGUAUGACCAAAUACGUCGCGAGAAGUAUGAGCAGUUCAUCAAUCCGAUUUCGAGUUCGAACAUCGUGCGGAUGCACGACAAAGACCCAAAGACCAUCAUGCAAAGAGACGAAUUCUUCCAAGCUAUUGAUAAGGUCAAAGAUGACCCUGAGGCGAAGAAGGAAUUCCUCAACGGAAUAAACGUGAUCAAGCACGACUUCACCCAGUAUUACAAGGACUCGUCGAAUGUUGGAGAAAAAAAAUCUCCGAAGCCAGAGAAACCAGUGUCAGUUUCAGCUGUAGCAGCGGGGAGCGUACCAGAAUAA